AAACAACACUAAAUUUUUGCCUCCCAAUGAACAACUACACCAGCAUCUUGGUUGCCCUUUUGUUUAUGCCAUCUUGAGCCUUGUGCCCUCGAGGCCUUGACUUCCUUCCCCUACCCCCACCCCCAACAUCUCCCUGAAUUUAGCUGCUUUCGCGGCACAGAUCAGUGCGCAAGCCAUAAAGAUCGAGCCUUAGCUUCGAGCUGGAAUUUAUCGGCGGAUCGGCUGGCAUUUUUUCAGUUUGUGCGCGCGCCUCAAGCUCAAGAACCGGGAGAGAGAUGAGCUGCUUCCCGUGCUCGGGGUCGUCGGGGAAGGGCGGGGUUGACGCCAAGAGCGUGGCGGCGCUCUCGCCGGGUCCGCGGCCCGCGGCGAGCGCGGCACCAGAUCGAUCAAACUCAUCACGUGGUUCAGGCAUUAAGAAGGACGAUUCUGUCCGAAGAGGAGGAAGCUCUGCGAAUGAUGGUCCAGCCAAAAUUUUCACUUUCCGAGAAUUGGCUGUUGCCACCAAGAAUUUCAGAAAAGACUGCCUGCUGGGUGAAGGUGGCUUUGGUCGUGUCUAUAAAGGACAGAUGGAGAAUGGACAGCAGGUUAUUGCCGUGAAGCAACUUGACAGAAAUGGCCUACAAGGAAACCGAGAAUUUCUCGUGGAGGUUCUCAUGCUAAGUCUCUUGCACCAUCCUAAUCUGGUCAGAUUAAUUGGCUACUGCGCAGAUGGUGACCAGCGGCUCCUAGUUUAUGAGUAUAUGCUAUUGGGGUCACUAGAAAACCAUCUUCAUGAUCGCCCACCAGGCAAGAAACCUCUUGACUGGAAUGCAAGGAUGAAGAUUGCUGUUGGUGCAGCGAAGGGUUUGGAGUACCUGCAUGAUAAGGCAAAUCCACCAGUCAUAUAUAGAGAUUUCAAAUCAUCAAAUAUUCUUCUGGGCGAAGACUAUUACCCAAAGCUAUCUGAUUUUGGGCUUGCAAAACUUGGUCCAGUUGGUGACAAAACUCACGUAUCAACAAGAGUUAUGGGAACAUAUGGCUAUUGUGCUCCAGAAUAUGCCAUGACAGGACAGUUGACAGUAAAAUCUGAUGUUUACAGCUUUGGCGUUGUCUUCCUUGAACUCAUUACAGGACGUAAAGCCAUUGAUCACACCCAACCUGCAGGGGAGCAAAAUCUUGUUGCAUGGGCUCGUCCACUGUUUAGAGACCGAAGGAAGUUCUGCCAAAUGGCCGAUCCAUCGCUGCAAGGUUGUUAUCCCAAAAGGGGUUUGUACCAGGCUUUAGCUGUUGCAUCUAUGUGCUUGCAGGAGAAUGCAACAUCUCGACCCCUCAUUGCGGAUAUUGUCACUGCACUUUCUUAUCUAGCUUCAAAUCAUUACGAUCCUAAUGCACCUUCUGCAAAGAGUUCGAGGACUUGCCCAUCCACCCCAAAGGCAAAAGCACAUCGACGAACAACCAGUGUUCCUGAUGCCCAACAUGCUGCCGAUUCACUUAACUGGAACUUCCCAGACUUGGGGAGGAAGGAAACUACUAGAGGGGAAUUCGAGCAGGAUCACAGUGAAGGUUAUGGCAGUGGCAGUAGCUCUGGAAGGAAUGAUGGUCUAGAUGUUCCAGAACUGCUGGCCUUGCAUAAUGGACAAAAUAACAGUGAAGCUGAUAUAUAUCACAAGUCCAGUGUCAAGCUUGAUGCCCAUGAGAAACAGAGAUCAGGGUCAGGCAAAGGCAGCAGGCAGUUUUGAUGCACAUACAAACAGACAUUGUUGCAAUUCUUUCCCCGAUUGCUGCCAAUUUUGCCAGACAUCUUCUCUGCUUCUGUUGAGGGUUGGAUACUCUUUGUUGGUACAGUUGCGCGCUGUUAUGGUCCAGGUGCUGUAUGACUGUACCCAUGGUUGUAUUUUAGUUGUUUCCAAAGGUAUACAUGAAGAUCAUGAUCUGGUUGAAGCAAGAAACCAUCUUGUCGCAGAUAAGGAGCAUGCAUUUUGAUCGGUGUCAAUUGCAUUCUACCUGUAAAGAUUUUUAUUCUCUUUGUAAUUAGGUCACAGUUUGUGCCAUACCUAUCAUUCAGGAAUUAGGAUGUUUUAUACAUACAGAAAACAAUUCUUACCAGAAUGCGUGUACAGACCUACAUGCUACAGUGGAUUGUUUGUGUUUUUUUUACAUGUAACACAAUUAUUUUGCGGACAAUGACAUACUGUAUAGACCAUAGAGUGUAUGAUCAUAUAAUGUGAAAGACUCCUGUUGUUAGAAAUUUA